UGGCCAUAAAUUCAUCAACAUGGCCAAAACCAAAACCAUCUCUAAAUUCCUUUAUCUUUUCACAACUCUCUUAUACCUCACCAUCGCUGCCUCAGCAAAACAUGACCAGUUCGGUAGACAAUUGUCUCGAUCAAAACUGGGUCUCAAGAAAGAAAAACUUAGCCAUCUCCAAUUCUACUUCCAUGACAUAGUCGGUGGAAAAAACCCAACUGCAGUGAGAAUUGCUGAGGCAGCAAUGACUCGAACUUCCCCAACAUUGUUUGGUGCCAUGGUAAUGAUUGACAACCCGCUGACCGUCGGGCCUGAUGUGAAGUCAAAACUGGUUGGAAGGGCACAAGGAAUUUACGCCUCUGCCUCGCAGAACGAAACAGGGCUGUUGAUGAUGGUCAAUUUUGCUUUCAUGGAAGGCAAGUACAAUGGGAGCACACUCAGUAUGUUGGGGCGAAACACUGUGUUGUCUGCAGUGCGGGAGAUGCCGAUUCUCGGUGGGAGCGGGUUAUUCCGGUUCGCGCGAGGCUAUGCAGAGGCUAGAACUCACAUCUUCGAUUUAACAACAGGGGAUGCUAUUGUGAAAUAUGACGUCUAUGUCUUCCAUUAUUGAGUUGCCGUGUUUUUCCCUUUUUUGUUUUUGUUGUUGAUUCUGACACUGAAUUUCAUGCUUUUGCAUUUUUAUUUUAUUUCUUUUUUUUUUAAUGGUUGUUGAGGAUCCAUCAAUGCAAAAAUUAAAAGACAUUAACGAU